CGGGAAUCAGAAGUCAUAUUUUGAUUAAGUUUCCUCCGUUAAGUAGACAACUGUUUCAACGAUUUAACUAGUUUGUUUGUCGUGACGCAACAAGGCUUGGCUUAAAAUCAAGAUCAAAAUGGUGGAGACUGAUUUCAACGACGAGCGAUGUGGCUUCCGGGAUUUGGAAUUAUCUGACGACUAUGGAAAUGGCAGUGGGUGUUUGAAUGAUGGAAGUGCUGCUGCGGCUCGUUCUUCAAAACUGGAAAAAUUUGCCGAGUACGAACAAGAUCUUAUGGAAGAAAUUGAGGAGCAAUUUGAAAAAGUGUUCUCGUUCCACAAACCAAGUAGAGACGCGUGGUCUCUCCCUCCAGUCAAACGAGUUUUCACCGACAUUCGAAUGGACUCUAUGCCGCCUGUAUGGGCCGACCUUUUGGUCCUAAAAGAAGAACUCAACGAUCUGAAAAGUCAUCUAAAUGAUAAGGAAAUCACGACGUGGAGAAAGCAUACACAGCAGCAACACAUGGGCGGAGAUGUUGUUCAACAUUUGAAAGGAACUGUGAACCCUGAUUUGUGCACGCAGGCGUGGACCAAGAUGCACGAGGUUCUGUUCCAGUUUGAUGUCGUGCCAAAAGAUGGCAAGUCAUUCAAGUCUGUCCAUCUUUGCGAGGCUCCCGGAGCUUUUAUAUCAAGCGUGAACCAUUUUAUCAAGACACAUAGAAAAAACGUGCAAUGGUAUUGGUGGGCAACUACAUUGAACCCUUACUACGAGGGCAAUGACCUCGACGUUAUGAUUGCCGAUGAUCGAGUCCUUUCGCUGACUCUGCCCAACUGGUACUUUGGAAUUGACGAUACAGGCAACUGCAUGGACGUUGAAAACAUGUUUGGACUGAUAAACUUCAUCGGAACUGAAGUGGACUUCGUGACCGCUGACGGAUCAAUAAACUGUCAAGAUAAACCAGAUGAGCAGGAGUCGAUUGUAACUGACCUUCAUUUCUGUGAAAUUGUCACAGCUAUGAAUCUACUGUCUCAGGGAGGCAAAUUUGUGCUCAAAGUGUUCACUUUCUUCGAACACGCCUCAGUCUGUAUGAUUUACCUCUUAAAUGCUGUGUUUGGAGAAGUGCAUAUAUUUAAGCCUGCAACGAGCAAGCCUGGAAACUCGGAAUUGUAUAUUGUGUGUCUGGAUUACGUGGGACGUAACGCCGUGAAAGAUUAUCUUCCAGUGUUGCAUAAGAACUUCUCAGAAAACGUAUUCGAUAGUCGCAAUCUGUUUUUCGUAGAUGAUAUACCAAAGUCAUUCAUAGAUGAGCUUCAAGAUUGUGCCUACAUGUUCACGACGCUGCAGUCUGAAACUAUUCGUCGGAACAUAUCGCUUUACGAGAACCCGACGUACGAAGACAACCAUCGUGCGAGCAAAGGACGCGAACUCUGCACUUUUCUCUGGACGGACAAAAUGGAUGUAAAGUAUAUCAGAGAUGCAUGCAGAUUGCAUCCAGGGCUCAAGUUCAAGAGCCAGAAUUUCACCCCGUUUUACUCGACCCGCCAAACUGGAAAUUUCUACGAGCGCUUGGAGCAAAUGGGGCUUCCAUGGAGACAAAGAGUAGAGCUUGAGAGACCCGAAAGCUAUCUUAAAAAAGUGCUCCCUAAAGUGCCAAGAAUGAGCGCAGACUGGUUCGAAGAUCGACGUCCGGUCAGUUUUGUCUCUGACUACAAUAACUGGCGACCAGUGUUUGGAAAACAAAUUACUGCCCUAAAAAACUCUAAAUACUGCCUACCACAGUUACUGAGGGAGGUUAAUGACGCUUUAGCUAAUUGCAGAUUCCUAAAAGAUCCAGAGGCUCUAGCUGAGUUUAAACGUGAGUUUGUCAUUGGAACUAAGGAUCAAGAAUUCAAGGAGUUCUUGCCACUAUUCCAGAAGGAUUUGGUUUCUAGGUUUAGAAGUAUGAAGUCUUGGCGUGCUCUGCUCCUCAGAGGAAAACUGAUAUAUGACGCUAUCAAGCCGGCCUUCAAUCCCGAAGUAAGCAAUCAGAUCUACAUUCUCGAACAUAAAGACGGAUUCACAACUGUUAAACUGGUCGAUAAAAGCAAAACGGAUUUGGAACCUGCUAAAUCUGCUGAAAAAGGAGGAGGUGAUUUUAUGAAAAAACUUCCAAUGCCUUUCGCCAACGUGGACGAUAAUUUCAACUUGGCACUCUUAGCGGAACCGGGUCUGAAGAUGCAGGCUCUCUCAGUUGUCGAUCCCCUAGGAGCGGAUCUGGUAAUGAUGGAUAUAUCAACCGAUGUCCUGACUGUCGGCAAUUUCGCCGAAGUAUACACCAAGAACGAGUUUUUGACCGCUGUUCUGAUUGCCUUGAGAAGCCUGCAAAUCGGGGGAACUUUAUUGCUGGGAAUUGAUGAGAUGCUGUCACGGUUUGACGUGUGCAUCUUUUAUAUUUUGGCUCGUCUGUUUAGAAAAGUCACGAUUGUUCAGGUCAGUCAUUCGGUCACGUGUUCAGGACGACUUCUACUCGGCUAUAACUACAAUGGGAUCUCGGAAGGACUUGUGAAGUAUCUGGCGCUGAUCGGCGAGAAUCUCUACCGACGUCGAGGAGCUACCAAAAACGAUGUGUUGCAGUUCGUUGACCAUGUAUUGAUAACUGACCCGGCUCUUGGUUCUUAUCUUGGAUCGAAAAACAAUGCCCACUUGUAUCGCCUGUUGACUUCGCUUGUCGAGUUUGAAAAGGUUCACAACCCGCUUAAAAUUUGCAACGAGCAAUUAGUGCCGAUCAAUCAAAAGCCAACUGGGCGUCGAAGUUUCACGAGCGCCGCCAAGUCCAGUCCCGUACCUUCAUCGCCUGGUUCCAGCAACUUUAAUCAAAGCGCUCCAGCGCAUAAAUUGAGCUUCAACUAAGAAAGGCCCAUCGAAAAAUUCAAAAGCCAUUAAGAUUGUUUCUCUCCUUUUGGCAUAUGAGAUAGCCUUAUUUCACUGUUUGUUAGAAGGUAUAAUUCUUGCCAACGCGCGUUACUUUUAUUUAUUCUUAAACUUACGAGAAGUUUUCUCGAAAAAUUUUGUUCACUUUUACUACUGUACAAACUAUGUUUAGAAAAACCUUUUAAAUGGUUUACCUGAAUGGCGGUUAAGUAUUUAUUAUUUUACUGUUUCACUCAUUUUGCGCUCAUCAUAUCUUUUGUUGAUCUCAAUUAUUUAUCUCUCGCAUAAUCUGCCACUAGUGGUGAUUAGAAACACAACAGGGGCAAACAAAAUUUUUUUUCAAGCUGUAUAUUUUUUGUCAAUGACAAAUUAUAAAUUGCAUGACUUGGAAUAGCAGUCAAAGAGUAAUUUCAGCCAAGGGAAAGAACUGUUUGGCCCUGUCUUAAUUUCUGAAUUGAAUUCAGAAUUCGCAAUACGAAUUGCCAGUUGAAGUAAAAGUUGCAAUAUAAAUACCAAAUGUCCAAUUAACUAGUGCUAUUUAGUAGCCGUAUAUUAGAUAUUGCUAUUAUGACCCAAAAGUAUCAGUAUAUAUGUAAAUUUUAGUUGCUUAAUUAAAUUAGCUAUUUAUUGACGGUUCCGAGUUCUGCUGUGCACGAACAACGUUGCUGUGGACAUUUGUAAAUGUUGGUCGCAAGUGUAAAAAUUCAACUGAAGUUGAGAAAUGUUUUGGGCUCUGAGCUGCCCACUUCUUGGAAAAAAAUAAAUUUUGUUCUCUGAA